AUGAAAUAUUAUUUGAUGUUUAUUAGUUAUGAGAAAAAUACUCCUGGACGACUAAAACUAACAGAUCAACAUUUGAUUUUCAAAAAUCAAAAAACAGGCAAAGUAGAGCAAAUUUCAGCAACUGAUAUGGAUAUGGUAAAUUAUCAAAAAUUUAUUGGUACCUGGGGUCUUAGAAUAUUUCUUAAAAAUGGGACUUUACACAGAUUUCGUGGUUUUAAAGAAGGAGAUCAAGAAAAAAUUGCAAAAUUCUUUGCACAAAAUUAUAAGAAAGAUAUGUUGGAAAAGGAACUUAGUCUGAAAGGCUGGAAUUGGGGUACAGCUAGGUUUAAUGGUUCUGUAUUAAGUUUUGAUGUUGGACAUCAUACUGCCUUUGAAAUUCCACUGUAUGAUGUUUCUCAAUGCAAUACUGGAAAGAAUGAAGUCACAUUGGAAUUUCAUCAGAAUGAUGAUGCUCCUGUAAGUUUAAUGGAAAUGAGAUUUCAUAUUCCUGUUAGUGACAGUGUAGAUCAAGAUCCUGUGGAAGCAUUUCACCAACAAGUCAUGGAAAAAGCUUCAGUUAUUAGUGUCAGUGGAGAUGCUAUUGCUAUAUUUAGGGAGAUUCAAUGUCUUACACCUCGAGGUCGUUACGACAUAAAAAUAUUUCAGUCGUUUUUUCAGUUACAUGGUAAAACUUUUGAUUAUAAAAUUCCAAUGUCAACUGUUUUAAGGCUAUUUCUUUUACCACAUAAGGACAACAGGCAAAUGUACUUUGUGGUCAGUUUAGAUCCACCAAUCAAACAAGGUCAAACUCGAUAUCACUAUCUAGUUCUGUUGUUCAAUCAAGAAGAAGAAACAUCAAUUGAAUUGCCUUUCUCUGAAAAAGAAUUGAAAGAAAAGUAUGAGGAUAAAUUACCAAAAGAAUUAUCUGGACCAACUUAUGAAGUUUUAGGAAAAGUAAUGAAAGUUAUAAUUAACCGAAAACUUACUGGACCUGGGAAUUUCCAGGUAAGUUGUUCUUUCAAAGCAGCUGCUGGUUAUUUAUAUCCUCUUGAAAGAGGUUUCAUUUAUGUGUACAAACCACCGAUACAUAUACGUUUUGAAGAAAUAGCCUCAGUUAAUUUUGCUCGCGGUGGAGGUUCCACUAGAUCAUUCGAUUUCGAAAUUGAAUUGACUAGUGGCGUGGUUCACACAUUUAGUAGUAUUGAAAAAGAAGAAUAUGGAAAGAUUUUUGAACUAGUUAUUGUAAGAUCAAUUUUUUUGUCAUAAUAGGAUAAAUUGAAUUAUGAUAACGACUUUGGAGACAGUGAUCAAGAAGACGAACCAGAUGCAUAUUUGGCAAGAGUUAAAGCUGAAGCACAAGAAAGAGAUGCAGAAGAUAAUCAAGAUUCUGAAGAUGAAUCUACUGAUGAAGAUUUUAAUCCUAAUCAGGAUGAGAGUGAUGUAGCAGAGGAAUAUGAGAGUAGUCCAAGUUCAGAUAGUGAAAAUGACUCAGAUAUUUCUGGAAAGAGCCAAAAGAAAGAGAAGAAAGAAAAGAAAGAGAAAAAAUCAAAAUCUGCAAAAACUGUGUCAGAAAAACCGAGGAAGCGUAGAAAACAGAAAAAAGAGAAAGAUGCAAAUAAACCUAAAAGACCGCCAACUGCAUUUAUGAUAUGGUUGAAUAGUGCUCGAGAAAAAAUUAAAGCAGACAAUCCUGGAAUUGCAGUUACAGAAAUUGCAAAGAAAGGAGGAGAAAUGUGGAGAGAACUUAAAGAUAAAUCCGAAUGGGAACAAAAAGCAGCAAAAGCAAAGAAAGAAUAUGCUGCAUCAAUGAAGGAAUAUGAAGCUAGUGGAGGUGCUGGUCAGGUGGAGAAAAAAGAAAAGGGAGAAAAGAAAAAGAAAGAAACCAAACAAGAAUCUCCUACUAAACGUAUGAGUGGAACUAAUUUCAAAAGUAAAGAAUAUAUUAGUGAGGAAGAAAGCAGUAGUGACAAUGACAGUAAGAAAUCAGGAAAGAAACGCUCAGACGAAGACAGUGACGAAGAUAAAGUAAAGAAAAAGGGAGAUAAAGGCAGUGCGGUAAGUGAUGAUGAAAGCAGUAGCGACAAUGACAGUAAGAAAUCAGGAAAGAAACGCUCAGAUGAAGACAGUGACGAAAAUAAAGUCAAGAAAAAGGGAGAUAAACGUAGUGUGAAAUCAGGGAAAAAACGCUCAGACGAAGAUAGUGAUGAAGAUAAAGUUAAGAAAAAGGGAGAUAAACGCAGUGCUGAACUUAUUGAAAGUACUCCACCUUCUAGUGAAGCAGAAUCUAAAGACAGCGAUUAA